AGCAUAUGGGGAUCGGGAACCGCAUACUAUAACGAAGCUGUUAUCGACUCCAUGGAUCUGUGGCCAAUGCUCUGGAAGAUAAAGCUGGAGGAAGAACGAGAACUGUGGGCGCUGGUCGAGCUGUGUCUCUGCUGCCCGUACGGUAAUGCAUGCAGUCUGCGAGUCGUUCAUCUCGUACUUGCGUGUAGUCAAAUCUGGCUUGCGCAACAG